AUGGUUGUCUCGCUUCCUCUCUUUAAGCUUGCCGCCCUCUUUGUGCGGCAUGUUUCCAAGUAUGGCGCAAACCACAUCAAACACCAGGCCCAUGAACACCCUCGAUUCCGCACCUUCGCUGCCAAGUAUGGCCAGAUGAUGCACCAGCUCAACAUGCGCAUGUCCGUCCUCGCCCUUCGAAACGCCGACGCCGAGCAGCGCGCAAAGGAAGCAAAGGAGAAAGCCGAAGCGCCCACCGUCAAGACGGAAGAGCAAAUAAAGAAAGAGGAGGAACUCAAAGCCAAGUACGGCGUAGUACCAAAGGAGUCGCAUCCCGUCAAGGAGCCGCCCAAGAGCAUAUGGAGGCGCAAGUUCAGGCCGUUGCCAGAGCCCAAGGCCGUGGACUUGUUUGCCGAUGUGAUUGGAGAUGUGUUCAUCCUGACGAUUGCUAGUUCGCUAUUGCUGUACGAGUACUACCGGUCCUCGGCAAAGCCUGAUGCGAACAUGCUGAGGAUAAAGGAUUUAGAGAAGCAGUUGGAAGAGGGAAGGAAGAGGGAGGAGGAGUUCCUAAAGAUGGAUGAGGAGAGGCGGGCGAGGUUACAGGCUAUUGAGGAUGCGCUGAGGGCAUACAAGGAUCCGAAGACGAAGAAGCCCAUCUUCCCGGCGCCAGCGGCAGGCUCUUCAGAUGAGUCGGAGGAUGGCUUUGCUCUUACGAGGACCUUCUCUGGACUUGCCGGGAAGUUGGGCUUCUAA